AGAAUGCUGCGAUUGUGUUGGUACAGGAAGAACGAAAGGGGAAAAAAACAUGUAUGUAUAUAUUUAUAGCAAGACUACAGGCUGCUGAAGAGUUCCGUGUCAAUCCUUCUACCGCACUUUGGAGUCCGAUGCAAGAAAGCAGUCGUGUGUAAACGACUUUGAAGUCCAUGUAGCCCGAGCAGACUGUGACGACGUGUUGUGUGACCAGUUAGCAAUGGAGAAGGACGGGGGAGCGUCAUCGCACCAGAUGGAAGAUUCUGUUGAUUUGCCCAACAAAAACAUGUGAAGCAACUGAUUGUUAAAAUGGUGUGACAGCUGGCAAGAUACACCCUUUAAGAGAACUUCACAUAACCCCCUCCGACGAAAGAGCUGACCCCCCCCCCCCCCCCCCCACACACACACACACACUUACACACCUAAACAUGUCAGAUCUCCAACACCAGGAUUUGGAAGAAGAGGAAGACAGUCACCAAGAAGAACGAGACAUGAGUUCUGACUGCACCGACCCUUACAUGACCCUCAUCCAAAGAGCUGUAAGAGAGUCUCUUUUCUGCCACUUCUGUGAAAGACAUUUCAGCAGCAGUCAAGGAUUGGAACAACACGCUUGCUGUAAUAACACAGAUAAAAAAUUAAGUUCAAAUGUUAAUCCUUUGUGGCACGAGGAAGGAAAGCCUCUGGUUUCAGCCGGAUCAGACAUACAACAGUAUAAGCCAGAGGAAAGUCCACAGAUUUUAGAGAAGGAAGCAUCUGAGCUUCGAACGCUGCCUGGAAAGCAUGAGGGCAUUUCCGAAAAUCUGACUUUUAAUAUUGAUGGAAAGACCGUGCCAACCAGAAACGUCAGUAACUGUGAAGUAGCUGAGGGUCAGUGUGGAUCUUCAGCAGUAGUUGGAUUUGAGAUGAGCAAUGUUUUGAGUACAGAUACAGAACCACCCGAUCUGCAGCAUAGCAAGAGGAACACUACAACACACCCCCUCUCACCCAAAACCAGAACUGAUCUGGAGUCUGAGUUGGCUGUAACAUCAUCAUCAUCACCACCAUUUGUUCCUCCUGUAAUACAGAGCUCAUAUCCUCAGAAUUCUGAGUUUACAGAUGAACAGAAACAAAUAACCGGAUUUCUGACUCCUAACCUGAAGCAGGAAAGUCUGAAGCCCACUCAUGUCGUCAUUACAGAUACCCAGAAGCCAUCCUCACCCGUCACUUUCUCUGUCCUGCCGUCUGGAAGGUUUAAAAGAAGAACAAGCUCUCCAACAACCUUCCCACAGCUAAACCUAGCAUCAGGUGAAGGAACGGCAGCCCCAGAUACAGGCGAUGUUGUUGCUGCAAAUACAGGACUGCAGGGGUCAUGUACACAGCAAACCAUGAAUGACUGUAUGAUUCCAUGCGUGGGAGAGCAGGCACCUAAACCGGCUCUGAUGGACAGGCAGCCUUCUGUAACCGGUGGAAAUUCAUGCAACCAGCGCCCGCUGGACCUGUCCAACACCGUCAAAGCAAAUGACUCCGCUUCCGCUGUGUUGGACUUGAGUUUGCAGAAAAGCAUCCACAGUGGUUCUGAACUGUCAUUAAAUUUAGGGGAGAAGGCUUUAAAGCAAACAGGAAAAGAAAAAGAGAGUCAAGGUCUAAAAUCUCCUAUAAUUACUCUAUUAACAGCUUCAGAAAUUGUGACCCCCGUGGAGCCUGUUGCUGAAGGCCUUGUUUAUGGGCUUACCCUAUCUCCACCUUCCCUACCUCCACCCUCCGCUUCCUUCGGCCCCGUUGCCUUGGAGUCGGCUUCUCCGUGCACAAUCGCAUUUGCUUCCCCAGUCGCACAUAGCAUGCUUCCCACCGCGCCCUCCUUAAUCACAGUUUUAGCCCCGCCACCUGUUUCCAACCCCUUAUGCCAGCCAAUCCAGGUGAUGGCCCCCGACAUAUCCUCUGAGCCCAUGGUCAUCUGCACAGAAAACGCAUUCAAUUCCCAGUGUGAUUUAGCUACUGCAUUUGCCACAACAAACUCUGCAAACCUUGUCGCCCUUUCACAGCCUCUCGAUCCAGCCCUGCAUCUACCCAGCCACGUGCUUCUCGACUCCACCCCUGUGUCAGAGGUGCCCCUCACUCCCUCAGUCAAUUUAAGUGACUCCCUGUUCAGUUCAUACAACAUUGCCAGCAACGCCGUGUUGAUCGAGUGUACGAUAGCUCUCGAUGGCCCAAGGACUGUCGUUCCUGCUGCAGUUAACCCCCCAGAGGACGCCACAGACUUUACCACGCCAACACAGAUGGUUGUAAAUCCUAUCAAGCACUUACUGCCUGACCCUGAAACUGUUCACCCCAGCAUUAUGGUGUCCUCCGCUGCAGAAUCUUUAACUCUGCCUGCUAACGCAGAGGUGAUGUCUGGGAAUUCUGUUGUGGGUGAAUCAAACUGUGAAGCAGUGCCUGUGGUUAACCCGGAGUCACCUGCGGGAAAAGACGAGGACGCUGCUGACAAAUCUGUUGCUCUGUCAGAGAAUGCCCUGGAAAUGACUUCGUCUCUGCCAGAAAAAGCUGAAGAACCAGUCCAUAAUACUAUAGAUGUGCAAGAGCAGACCUUUACAAAGAACUUCAUCUGUAAUGUGUGUGAUAAGCUUUUCCAUUCAAUGAAAGAACUAGGCCAUCAUGUAGGUGACCAUGCUGAUGAAUGGCCUUACAAAUGUGAGUUCUGCGUGCUGCUCUUUGGCAAACCCUCAGCUUUGCUCGACCAUCGAUCAAGCCUCCACGGCGUCGGAAAGACUUAUGUCUGCUGUGCUUGUACUAAAGAAUUUGUCUACCUUUGCAAUCUUAAACAGCAUCAAGAAGAAUUGCAUCCCGGUCAGCCAUGUACAUACACUGAAGAUGAAAAGGGAAAACUUAGACCUCAAAACUACAACAACUCAACUAAAGUCAACACAGAUCCUCCGGCUGCCAAGUCUCUACAGGAGCCCAGCGACUUGGUAAAAAAGGAAAAAAGUGAAGUCGAUGUGGCUGCUGAAGAGCUUUUUACAACCAUUAAGAUAAUGGCUUCAGAUGGUGGCAAAGUCAAAGGGCCCGAUGUCCGACUUGGCAUUUACCAGCAUUAUCCCAGCUUCAAGCCGCCUCCUUUUCCUUAUCACAACAGAUCACCUGCCGGUUCAGUCGCUUCUGCCACAAACUUCACAACCCACAACAUCCCACAGACUUUUACCACGGCUAUCAGGUGUACCAAAUGCGGGAAAAGUUUUGACAAUAUGCCAGAACUACACAACCACAUUUUGGCGUGUGCAAACGCUAGUGACAAAAGACGAUACACGCCACGGAAAAACCCCAUCCCUUUACGACACUUUGCAAAAGCUCAAAAUGGAGUCCUUUGGAUUACCAACUCCUCUAACGGAAUUAAGGCUUCGAUUAGAGUCAGUCCAGCUAGCAGGUCUAAACCCGGUCAAGAAUCACCGGUAAAGUUAAGAAUAUUGAAAAAAAAGAAGAAAAAGUUGGUGCAAAGAGUUCUGCCACAGAGGAACAAGUCUGUCUCUUCGUCAAACAAAGCUUCUCCUCCACAGGUGGAUAGGCAACAGGAGGUCUUUGUCUGUCCUCACUGUAGCAGGGAGUUCACAAUGCGGCGGAGUCGAACCAAACACAUGGCAGUCUGCCCCAAGAAACCUACAGAGAUGACCAAAAGGAAAGAGGGAGGAAUCUCUGUCACAAAGGAAAAUGACGGACACCUUCAUCGGGGAGUCUCUCGCGUGAAUGAAAAACAGUCGUCACCUCCACAUAAAACACGGCACCAGACCUCUGGUUCUGCAAAGAGGCACGCCAUCCUACCGGUACAAGCUGUCUUCCCAAACAAAAGAAGUAAAAUCAGCAUAAAAGAGAGCGCUGAGCCAAAGCAAGAGUCGCCCACUCUGACAGAAAUCCCUAUUCGCACUUUCAAUCCUUCCAUGCGGCAGUAUAGCCGAGUGCAGCAAAACGUCCGAGUUCCCGUUAAGAUCACCGUGGUGAGGCCUCAACAGACUGCAUCGGAGAGAGACACUCCCAAUAAAAGCCAAGAGGAAGCAGGCAGAGCCGUUACCCGGCUCUCCGAGCAGAGCACUUCAGUGUGAGAACAUCUGAGAUCAGCAGGAUUUUGCUGUGUAGACGUGUUUCAGUAAUGGCGGAGACGCUGGUCAUUGCACUGUAAGCCCAUCAGACUGCACUGUACUCGAUCAUGAAUGACUCUUCCAACGGCUGCAACAGACAUUGAAGGCUUAUCGCAGUGAGCACGCAUGUACAUGGACGGACAUAUUUCUGUUGCUUGACACUUUAGCUCCACUAAAAGAGGAAGAGGAUGGCAAGCGGCAAUCAUCUUCAGCAAUGCUUUUGCACUCCUGGAAUUAUUUGCUUCAACUCUCACAGCAUGGCGUCUGUACGUUUCCAUUGUAGCUCCAUGAAAUCAAGUGGGUUGGUCUGACACGGUUCCUCUGUAGGUACUGAUUAUGAGAGAAAGCGGUUGACCUUACAUGGAUGGCGUGUCUAAUGUGAGGAAGUGUAAAUAUGGGUUUUUGAACAGGUGAACCCUGGCAUCACGCUCUCUGUGAAAAGCCUCGUCAAGCAUGUCAUUAUUAUAAUUCGUAAUUUAAGUUUUUCAUAGCUUGUGAAUGUAAGAUAUAAUUCUCAGAUGAUAAAAGAAAAGUGUAUGAUAUUUGACCCUGCUGCUACUGGAUGUACUGUAUAAAUCAUUUUGAGAAUUGUGCUUUCUGUGUGCCAACAAAGUUAUAAUGUGACCAAAUAUGGCAUUCAAGUUGUGAAAAUGUAACUUUGUUCAGUAUUUCCCAGAUGAAGGAUUGAAUUUGAUAUUUAACUGGAAAGAGACAACCCAAUUCAAAAGUUUUUGGUAAAUUUGGCCUCAACCUAUUCAUUUAAUGCUUAACAUAUUUCCUUCCAGAUUUUGGCGGUUGUACACUUCACUUUUGUGACAUUUGGGAAACUGCUUCUUUUUUUUUUUUGGAUAUAUUUGCACUGCAGUUGACAUUUGUACUUUGCUCAGUCUGUACAGCUCAGUUCUUUGCUCCCCAACAGAAAUCCUUACACAUCUCCUAUAAUUAUGUUUGUUUUUUUCCGCCUCUUUGCACCUUCCCUGUAAAAAAUGCUGAUUGUUUUCUGCUCCCCUCACAGAUAAGAUGUACAGUCUGAUGGUCUUCUUCAUGCUCUUCAUCUUUGCACUUAUCUCUAGACGUUGUCAACAGUUGUAGUGGGAUGUGUUUAUGAUGAAAUCCGGCCUGUAGGAGCUGAACGUUUUGGCUGCAGCAUGGUAAAUGUCAGACAUUACACACUUUAUUUAAAUAUUUUAUAGGCUAACAUUGUGAAGAGCCCAACAGGGUAUUAAAGGCUUUUAUUCAAACUCGUAAUUUGGUCAUACUGAAACUUGCUAACUGUACUUUAGAGAAUAUUUCUUUCUUCUUCUGGGGCUUUUGCAGGCCUGCUGGUAAUUGUUGUUAAUUUCAGACUGCACCCUGUUUAGAUGCACUGGACGGUUUGGGAGACUGUCAUGAAACUGUGAAAAGGGCUUGUAGCAUCUUGGAGCGCAAAUUGACUUAUUUAUUAAUAAUUUAAAAUCAAUUGAUCUGUCUUUGAAUAAUUCCUCUAUGAUUUGCACUAGAGCCUUUUUUUAAGCAAAAAAAAAGAAAAUAAAGAGAGAAUGUUAAAACGGAA